UUGUCGUGUUGUGGACUGAUCAACGAAAUUUAUGAAGUUUGUUUUGUCUUCAAAAUUUAGAUUUUUGUAAAUUCUCUGGCCAUGAGAUAAAUUAUUGACCUAAGAUAAAACAAUAUCUUUGCUAAAUAUCACAUAACAGUAUUACAAUGGAGUUAAAUUGUGUUGGACUGUAAAAUAUGAGAUAAGUGGUUUUCUUCGUUUGAUGUCACACGCGAUUCCAGUCCACGAGUGGAAAAGUAAAAUUUUAGCGAUAGGAUCGUUAUAUGCACGCAGCGGGAAUGACAAUAAUGGCAGUUUCUGUUGGCGAAAUUUGCGAGAAUACGAAGCUGGCUCGAGAAAUGGCACUGAUGGGUAACUACGAAUCAGCACUGGUCUACUACGAGGGAACCGUCCAGAUGAUCCACAGGUUGUUGAUCACAAUAGCUGAUACAACACGCAAGUCAAAGUGGCAGUUGGUACAAAAGCAGAUGGCGAGAGAAUAUGAACAACUCAAAGCGACAGUUGCAACGCUGCAAAUGUUCCAGCAUGAAGGUGAAAAAGCUAUCACGCCGCUUACAACUAAUUACGAGGAGCUGCCUACGCGAGACCAAAUGUGGGCGGCCGCGCCGCACGAGAUCGAUCCGGACAUCUGGCCGCCGCCGCCGGACCGCGACCCCAACGCCUGGCCGCCCCCCACCAGCGUCGAGCACAAAGGUCCGCCAGCAAUGAAGUCUGCUCGCAACAACGCCCGCAACCAUCGAGACAACAAGAAGCCGUCCACUGCUCAACGAAAUGCCACCACCUCGCACCGCAAGACCUCCGAUAUCAAGAACCCCAAACUCACCAACAAGGCUCAUAGUGCAAAGACAAAGGAUUCCAAUAACAAGGAGCACAGCGGCAAAGACAAGCAGGACAGAGACAACAACAACGGCGACACUGAUGAUGAGCGGCACAAGGAAGAGGAGCGACGUUUUGAACCACCCUCCGCCGCUGACACAGACCUCGUCGAUAUGCUCGAGAGAGAUAUAGUACAAAAGAACCCCAACAUACGAUGGGACGAUAUCGCGGACCUGACGGAGGCUAAGCGUCUGUUAGAGGAAGCGGUCGUCUUGCCCAUGUGGAUGCCGGACUUCUUCAAGGGUAUCAGACGUCCGUGGAAGGGCGUACUGAUGGUGGGUCCACCGGGCACAGGGAAAACGAUGCUGGCUAAAGCGGUGGCCACUGAGUGCGGCACCACUUUCUUCAAUGUGUCCUCAUCUACCCUCACAUCUAAAUACAGAGGAGAGUCGGAGAAACUCGUACGAUUGCUGUUUGAAAUGGCGAGGUUCUACGCGCCGAGUACGAUCUUCAUAGACGAGAUCGACUCGCUGUGUUCGCGGCGCGGCUCCGACAGCGAGCACGAGGCCUCGCGCCGCGUCAAGUCUGAGCUGCUCGUGCAGAUGGACGGCCUCGGGUCUGCCACUGACGAGCCCGCCAAGGUAGUAAUGGUGCUUGCGGCGACUAACUUCCCGUGGGAUAUAGACGAGGCGCUGCGACGACGUCUGGAGAAGAGGAUCUACAUACCACUGCCGACACAGGAGGGACGAGAGGCGCUGCUGCAGAUCAACCUGCGUGAGGUCAAAGUCGACCCUGAGGUGGACCUCAGGCUGAUUGCUAUGAAACUAGACGGAUAUUCCGGUGCUGAUAUAACCAAUGUUUGCCGUGACGCAUCAAUGAUGUCGAUGCGUAGGAAAAUAGCUGGUUUGAAACCGGAACAGAUCAAGCAGCUGGCAAAAGAGGAACUGGACCUGCCAGUGACGAGGCAGGAUUUCCUCGAAGCACUCGCCAAAUGCAACAAAUCCGUGUCCAAGGGUGACAUACAGAAGUACCUCACGUGGAUGGACGAAUUCGGAUCAUCCUGAUUCACGUAGUCUAUAUUCUAAAAGACCAUAAAAAAUGCAAUAACAGUGUGAAACACGCUUUAAAUUGUAUAAGUACCGUGUUAUAAUUUGAUAUAAAAAAUUGCCUUAUUCUAGUUAAGUAUGGAAUAGUGGAAUGUUGCAGUAUUAAUAUGACUGAUGCAAAGGUUUGAAUACAUAGCCCUUAUGACAGAAUUUUAUUUUAAAACAAUUUUUUUAAUCAUGUGCAAUUUCAAUAUCAGAGGAAAUUA